GCCGAUUGUGAAGAUUGUGAACCGAGAGAAGCUACCAGUGACAACCUAAAUCUCCAGAAGGAAGUCAUCCCUCAUCCCUCCACAUCAGCUGGCUCUUGUCUCGGGUGGACAUGGCCCACGAAGGCCACUUUCAACACAGCGGGAUGGUCUGGGCCCUGCGACUAAUCCUGGCAUGGGUCUUCUUGGUGACCUGUGGUGGGAGCCACCCACUGCAAGCCAGGUCCUGGGGACACCCUGGGCUGGCAGCCAACGUGAGCACAGGCCAGCUGCAGCUAGCAGGGCACCCCCAGUCCUCGGUUCCACCAUCUUACCCAAGGAUCCAGGUUCCUAGUUCACAGACACCAGCAGGGCCAGAACCUUGCUGUACUGCAGACAUAGACAGACCAGAGGCAUCAAACCCAGAGAGCCUUCUAGCCAGCUGCGGGGCACCAAGCCCAGAAUGUGAAUUCUUCCUGGGACACCUUCAACGAGCCCUCCGAGAUCGCUUUCACCCACUGCUGUUCGGAGUGCGCCGAAUGCAGCCUCUCUGCCUGGAGCUCUGCCAGAUUUGGUUCACCACCUGCCAAGCAGAUUUUAUUUGUGGCCCGACUUGGCUGCAGUCCUCUGGAAAGAGAGGCUGUGAGCCUAGCUGCCGUACCUAUGGUCAGGCUUUUGCCAACGCCACAGAUCUGUGUCACUCUGCUUUGGGUCAUGCCCUGAGGGUGGCAGCUCCUGGCUCCAGUCAUUGCUUCAACAUCUCCAUCUCCUCUCCAGGAGCCCGCCGCCGCCCUCGAGCCUGGAUCUCAAAUGCUGCAGGCAGUGGCAGUGGUAGCGGCAGUGGCGACAGCCCAGAGUAGACAUUUGGCUUUCAAUAUACAUGUCCCUUCCCUAGGCCAGGAGCCACCGAGAGCCAUCUCCCUCUCUUCCUCUCUCCUUCCUUCCUAAACCGGGUCCUGGGGUUGCCUAGACAAGCCCUCCCACCAUUAUCCUAGACACAUCCAACCCUGACUUAUCUUGCUUUCCCCAAAUAAAGUUGCCAGACUAAACCAGG